UUUCCGCGCACGCGUUGUCUGCAGGGAGAAGCUAGCUGAUCUGCCGCCACCACACAAAGCUACAACUAGCCUAGCAUGGUAGACUUUGAAAAACAUAUAGCUAUAAAUCUUGCGUAUCUAGAAUGUUUCAAACGCAGUUUUACAUUGUUUAGCAAAAGUAACUGAUGGGGAAAUGAACGGCUGAGAUACGAUUCGUUGCAUUUAGUGGAAGCAUGGAAAUGAAAGAGUGGGAUCUCCAGACAGCACCAUGAAGCAGUCAGUGAUAACCUAGGUCCAAGGGAACUCUGAUCUCUAACCAUUACUUUGAUCACCUGUCCUGAGGUGCGUACAUGGGAUUCCCAUCAAUAGCAUGAAAUAUAAGCAUUCCUAUCAACAUCUGGUGGAAAGGUUAAGUGUUAAAGCUGCUGCUGAGGGGGAAGCUGGCCAUGUCACGGGUUCCUACCCCUCCUCCACCAGGGGACAUGUCUACUGGACCUGUGGCAGAGAGCUGGUGUUACACACAGGUGAAAGUAGUCAAGUUCUCCUACAUGUGGACCAUCAACAACUUCAGUUUCUGUAGAGAGGAGAUGGGGGAGGUCUUAAAGAGUUCCACCUUCUCUUCUGGACCCACCGACAAGAUGAAAUGGUGUCUGAGAGUCAACCCAAAAGGACUGGAUGAUGAAAGCAAAGAUUAUCUGUCGCUGUAUUUACUACUUGUUAGUUGUCCAAAAAGUGAAGUCAGAGCAAAGUUCAAGUUUUCCUUAUUGAACACUAAAAGAGAAGAGACUAAAGCUAUGGAAAGCCAAAGAGCCUAUCGGUUUGUCCAGGGGAAGGACUGGGGCUUCAAGAAGUUCAUUAGAAGAGAUUUCCUGCUUGAUGACGGCAACGGGUUGUUACCUGAUGACAAGCUCACCCUGUUCUGUGAGGUGAGUGUGGUGCAGGACUCUGUGAACAUCUCUGGCCAGUCCAACAUGAACAUGCUGAAGGUACCAGAGUGCCAGCUGUCAGAUGACCUGGGGAACCUGUGGCAGUGUUCCCGCUUCACUGACUGUUCCCUCUAUGUGGGGGGGCAGGAGUUCAAGGCACACAAAUCCAUCCUAGCAGCGAGAUCUCCCGUCUUUAGCGCCAUGUUUGAACAUGAGAUGGAGGAGAGUAAAAAGAACCGUGUGGACAUCAGUGAUGUGGAGCCAGACGUGUUUAAGGAGAUGAUGGGAUUCAUCUACACAGGGAAAGCUCCCAACCUGGACAAGAUGGCCGACAACCUGCUGGCAGCUGCUGACAAAUAUGCCUUGGAGCGUUUAAAGGUGAUGUGUGAAGAGGCUCUGUGCACCAGCCUCUCUGUGGAGAACGUGGCUGAUACCCUGAUCCUGGCGGACUUACACAGUGCCGAGCAGCUCAAAGCACAAGCCAUAGAUUUUAUCAACAGGUGCAGCGUCCUCCGACAGCUGGGCUGUAAAGAUGGGAAAAACUGGAAUAGCAAUCAUGCCACGGACAUAAUGGAGACGGCAGGCUGGAAGUCAAUGAUCCAGUCCCACCCUCACUUAGUGGCCGAGGCCUUCAGAGCCUUGGCAUCGGCACAGUGCCCGCCCUUCGGGCUGCCGAGGAAGCGCCUAAAACAGUCCUGACUGCUACAGCAGAGACAGCCCUCUGAUCCAGACACUAGGAGCUGAAACAGCAUGGAGACCCCCCGAGCAGGGAUGAACAGAGCUGGGAGGCUACCUGGCUGGGAGGCUGACUCCUACUGGUGGAAAGAAACGUUUGGUUUUGGUCCUCAAGUUUUGUCUGCUAUUUUUGUCAUUUCAAAUGGCCUUAAUCUAUCUGCCAUUACUCUGGAGCUGAUCUACUGUGUUCUCCCUAUUUGAUUCUGUGGCUGCCCCGUCCCACAGACCAGGCUGCCCCGUCCCACAGACCAGGCUGUCCCGUCCCACAGACCAGGCUGCCCAGACCAGGCUGCCCCGUCCCACAGACCAGGCUGCCUCCAGAUUGCACUAGUUCCCAUAGUAAUUUUGAUAUGGAAUUCUAUAGGGACGUGUUAAGGGUUUGAUUAAUGGGAAAUAUAUAUUUGUAAUGUUUAGCCCAUUUUGUGACUAGACAUUAAAGCGUGUACACUUUCAGUGCAAGAUCAAUUCUAUAUACUUUUUAAAAGAUGAGUAUGCCCCAUAUUGAUGGCACCAUUUCUAUGUAAAUGACAGUUUAACCAUCUUCAGAAGACCGGUUUUAAAGCAAGUCUGUUCUAUUUUCUGGCAUUACGAGACCCUGUGUUGAUGCUGUUAUUGUAUGCAAGACAAACAUGUCUAUACUCUGCCUCUGAACUAGUCACACUCGCUAUUGGACGAAUAGGAAAGGCAAUUUCCCCAGACAGUCUCCCAUUGGACGAUCACUUAUGCAAAGACCAACCUAGUGUCUUCAGACAGUAUUCAUACCCCUCAACUUAUUCCACAUGUUACAGGCUGCAUUCAACAUGGAUUAAAUCGCUUGUUUUUUUCUCACCCAUCUAGUCACAAUACCCCAUAAUAACAAAGUGAAAAUAUGUUUUUAUAAAUCUGUGCAAAUGUAUUAAAUGAAAUAUCUAAUUUCCAUAAGUAUUCACACCCCUGAGUCAGUACUUUGAAGAAGCACCUUUGGGUAUGUCUGGAUCAGCUUUGAGUCGUCUUCAGUAUGUCUGGAUCAGCUUUGAGUCGUCUUCAGUAUGUCUGGAUCAGCUUUGAGUCGUCUUGAUUUGGGGAUUUGCUCCCAUUAUUCUUUGCAGAUUUUCUCAAGCUCUUAAGUUAGAUGGAGUAGCGGUGAACAGAAAUCUUCGUCUUUUCACAUAUUUUCAAGUCUGGGCUUUGGCUGGGCCACUGACGGACUUUCACAUUCUUGUUCUGAAGCCAUUCCAGUGUUGCUUUGGCUGUAUGCUUGAGGUCAUUGUCCUGUUGGAACAUAAAUCUUCGCCCCCAGUGUAAGGUCUUUUGCACUCUGAAACGGGUUCUUAUCGAGGAUUUGCCUGCCGUUGGCUCCAUUCAUUGUUCCCUCCCAGUCCCUUCUGCUGAAAAGCAUCCCCAUAGCAUGAUGUUGCCACCACCAUGCUUCACGGUAGGAAUAGUGAUGCUGCCACCACCAUUCUUCACGAUGGGGAUGGUGUAAGACGGGUGACGUGUCUGGUUUUCUCCAGACAUAGAGCUUUGUAUUCAGGCCAGAGUUACAUUUUUUGUCUCGUCAGACCACAUAAUCAUUUGCCUUAUGCUCUGAGUCUUUCACGUGCCAUACUCCAGGUGUGUUGUCAUGUGCCUUUUUUUCAGGAGUGUUUUCCGUCAGGCCACUAUCCCAUAAAGUCCAGAUUGGUGAAGUGCUGAUGCGGUUUAUCUUAAGUCAGCCAAGGAAAUCUGUAGUUUUGUCAGUGGUCACUUCCCUGACCAAGGUCCUCCUUGCCUGGUUGCUCAGUUUGGUCAGACGGCCAGCUCUAGACAGAGUCUGGGUAGUUCCAUAUAUAUAUUUUUAUUUCCCAAUGGUGGAGACCACUGU